CACUAACACAAACAAAUCCUUAUCCUCUUCAACACACUUAUAAUGUCAAUGCUCAACGCUCUCUCUCAGAUCUAACAGUCUCCGCUGAGUGUUAAUUGUCGUCGUCGUGUUGGUUGGCUGGGCUCGGGGCUGCUUCUUAAACGACGUCGGAGAGGAGGGUGAUGCAGAAAAUGGCGGGGAGCUCGUUCCCGGAGGAGGUGUUGGAGCACGUUUUCUCGUUCAUACAGGAUGGCAAGGACAGGAACGUGAUCUCGUUGGUGUGCAAGUCGUGGUACGAGAUCGAGCGGUGGAGCAGGAGGAGGGUGUUUGUGGGUAACUGCUACGCGAUCAGCCCUCGGAUGGUGAUCCGACGGUUCCCGGAGGUGAGGAGCGUGGAGCUCAAGGGGAAGCCUCACUUCGCGGACUUCAGCCUCGUGCCAGACGGCUGGGGAGGCUACGUUGGCCCCUGGAUCGCCGCCAUGGCCGCCGCCUACCCGUGGCUGGAGGAGAUUCGGCUCAAGCGCAUGGUGGUCACGGACGAGGGCUUGGAGCUCAUCUCCAAGUCCUUCAAGAACUUCAAGGUCCUCGUGCUUUCCUCGUGCGAGGGGUUCAGCACUGUGGGCUUAGCCGCCAUUGCUGCCAAUUGCAGGAAUUUGAGAGAGCUGGACCUGCGGGAGAGUGAAGUGGAAGACCUGAGUGGGCACUGGCUCAGCCAUUUUCCUGAUAACUACACGUCAUUGGUGUCCCUUAACAUUUCCUGCUUAACGUCUGAGGUGAGUUUCUCUGCCCUGGAGCGCCUGGUGGGUAGGUGCCCCAACCUGAGGACUCUCCGGCUCAACCGUGCCGUGCCCCUUGACAGGCUUGCGAACCUUCUUCGUCGGGCACCUCAGCUGGUUGAGUUUGGCACGGGGGUCUAUGCAUCUGAGUUGCGACCUGAUGUAUUCUCAAACCUAUCAGGAGCUUUUUCUGGGUGCAAGGAACUGAAGGGCCUGUCUGGUUUUUGGGACGCAGUCCCAGUCUAUGUUCCAGCUGUUUACCCUAUCUGCUCUAGGCUAACAUCAUUGAACUUGAGUUAUGCCACUAUCCAAAGCCCUGAUCUUAUCAAGCUAGUUAGCCAAUGUCAAAAUUUGCAGCGCUUAUGGGUGCUGGAUUACAUUGAAGAUACUGGCCUUGAUGCCCUUGCAGCAUCUUGCAAGGAUCUGCGAGAAUUGAGGGUAUUUCCAUCUGAUCCAUAUGAAGCAGAACCAAAUGUAUCCUUGUCAGAGCAGGGCCUUGUCUCAGUUUCUGCAGGCUGUCCCAAGCUCCAGUCAGUUCUGUACUUCUGCCGUCAAAUGUCUAAUGCUGCCUUAAGGACCAUUGCAAGGAAUCGACCUAACAUGACAAGGUUUCGUCUUUGUAUUAUUGAGCCACGAACUCCUGAUUACGUUACUCUUCAACCACUUGAUGCGGGAUUUGGAGCCAUUGUUGAGCACUGCAAGGAUCUACAGCGGCUCUCCCUUUCUGGUCUUCUCACUGAUCGUGUGUUCGAGUAUAUUGGGACUUUUGCCAAAAAAUUAGAGAUGCUCUCUGUAGCUUUUGCUGGGGAAAGUGAUCUAGGACUCCAUCACGUACUGUCUGGUUGUGAAAACCUUAGGAAAUUGGAGAUUAGGGACUGCCCCUUUGGUGACAAGGCUCUUUUGGCCAAUGCUGCAAAGCUGGAGACAAUGCGAUCCCUUUGGAUGUCUUCUUGCUGUGUGAGUUUCGGAGCUUGUAAGCUGCUAGGUCAGAAGAUGCCAAGGCUUAAUGUCGAGGUUAUUGAUGAAAGGGGACCUCCAGACUCGAGACCAGAAAGCUGCCAUGUUGAGAAGCUUUAUAUAUAUAGGACCGUUGCGGGGCCAAGGUUUGACAUGCCUCCUUUUGUUUGGACAAUGGAUGAAGAUUCUGAAUUGAGGCUUUCUUGACAGUUCUGCCCAUGUAUUACGCCCGGUAAAUCAAGCCCCUCAGAAUGCGGGAAUGGGUAUAGCAAGGUACAUGCUCUAUAUGGUACUCAUUGUUUCGCAUUUACUUUUAUGUAGCUUAAUAUAAUUGCUGCCCUAAUCAGACUGGGAGCAAGGUUGGGAGGUUAUACAGAAGCUCAAGGGCUUGAUUGCAUCUGAUUUUAUACUUGGCUGAGCUAUGGGAUACCAAUUAGUGAUUAAUAAAGAUAUUAGAACUCCUAUUGUUGUAUGUGUAUCAAAUAGUGGUUAGUAUUUUAUUCGGCAGUCACCAUGUAUACUAUUUGCAGACUUGUGCAUGUUUAUCCAUUGAUAUUUCCUUGUUUUUCAUCAGGAAGUAGUUAUCUUGUGGACUAAGUUGUGUCAGUGUUGGCCUUCCUAAGGAAUAAGAGUUUAUGUACAAUACACCUUUGUAAUUGUACUUGUAAUGUUGGAUUUGAAUCUCAUUCUUUCGACCUUUUAAAAGGUUAUAGUUU